AUGACUGAGCUUCGUCGGAAGUUGGUGAUUGUGGGUGAUGGUGCCUGCGGUAAGACAUGUUUGCUGAUUGUCUUCAGCAAGGGCACCUUCCCCGAGGUCUACGUUCCUACUGUGUUUGAGAACUAUGUUGCUGAUGUGGAAGUAGAUGGUCGUCACGUUGAGUUGGCGCUCUGGGAUACUGCUGGUCAGGAAGACUACGACCGUCUGCGCCCGCUGUCGUACCCCGACUCUCAUGUGAUCCUCAUCUGUUUCGCCAUUGAUUCGCCUGACAGUCUUGAUAAUGUCCAGGAGAAGUGGAUCUCUGAAGUGCUGCACUUCUGCCAAAAUCUGCCCAUUAUCCUGGUGGGCUGCAAGAAGGAUCUUCGUCGUGAUCCCAAGAUCAUUGAGGAGCUGCGCAAAACGAGCCAGCGCCCUGUGACGCCUGAGGAGGGUAUGGCUGUGGCAUCAAAGAUCGGUGCUGUCCGCUACCUUGAAUGCAGCGCUAAGACAGGUGAAGGCGUGCGGGAAGUGUUUGAGCACGCGACUCGCGCGGCGCUUAUACAGAAGCCUCGUGGUGGCCGGAGUGGCAAGAGUAAGUGCCUUGUGCUUUGA